AUGUCAUCACAAACACAACAAUCCACCCACAUCCUCUUCUCCUGCUCUCACUCCGCCCAGGUGCCGGUCCACCUCCACGAGCAGAGCCUUCAAAACCCCACCAUGUCCCUAAUCCCCUUCCUCCGCAAGGACCUCAACGAGACCGCGUCGCUGGCCGACAGUCCAUCCAACAUUUCCAUCCCCAUCAUAUCCCACCCCAGCCCCUGCGGCCGCGACUCCUGCUACAACAUCUCCACCCCAACCCUCCAGCGCCAAGUCCUAGACCAAAUCUCCACCAUCCGCGCCCACCUCAGCUCCCUCCAAGUGAAAUACACAGACCUAGGCACUCAAUACCACUCCUACCCCCUCGCGAUCCGUGCGCGUUGUGCUAAUGACCCAGGUUGUGCGAUGGCGCAUUUACAAUUCGGAAUCACCACUCAACCCUGGGAGGAGGACGCAUUCUUCGAGUCGUGGAUAAACGUCGCCGCGUCUUAUUCGGAUUUGCAGAGACGAGUCAUGUCCCCCUGUUUCGACGCUGGGAGUGCAAGGUGUGUGAGGAAGGUUGGGAAGGUUUUGAUGCAGUGUUAUAAACAGCUCGCCGAGAUAGGGGAGUUGGCGAGGAUGCUUGAGAUGGGAGUGGAGGCCUUGGAAAGUGCAAGGAAGGAGCAGGAAGGUAAGAUCGUUAUUAGUGGGUUGCCUAAAGGUGAGGAUAGGACUAUCAUCCAGCAAACUCUCCAAGCCGCCGGGAUCGCGAAGGCGAAGCAUCUCGAGACGCUGGCCGUCGAUGCGGAUGUGCAGUCGGUAGUGGUGGUGCAGUGCAAAUCCCUCUCCAAGGCUCAGAAGGCGAGGAAGUUGUUGAGCACUUUCGAGGCUUGUGGCGUAAGUGUCGAGAAGUAUACCCCCGCCGCUGCUGCUGCCAUGCAACAGUCAUCGUAUGCCCUGAAAGAGCGCAGGUUCGCUGUGAAGGAUGAGACGAAGAUGCGGAAGGUAGCUUUCAAGAAUGUUCUCAGGAAGAUUUGGGGGGAGAGGAUGAGUGGUUUCGUUGGGGUUGGGAUGGAUGGUGAGAAGCCGUGGUGGGUAAUCUCGAGAUGA